CCAUGAUCAUCACGAACCCAUCCUCUCAUCUACAUCUCUCUCCUCAAUUUCUCUCUCUUUGAACUCUCUCUCUCUUAAAGCUCUCUCUCAUCAAGCUUCUUCUCUCUUUCUCAUCAAGCUCUCUCUCUCUCUCUUCAUGCUCGCUCUCUCCUUAAGCUCUCUCUAUCUUCGGCCUCUCUCUCCCUCAAAAUCAUUGUACUUUUUUUAUCUAUCUCCUCUCCUACUUCCUCUUCUUUUUCCUCAAACUAUAAAUCGUUCUUUCUCUUACUUGGGGACAAACAGAGAGAGAUGGAAGGAGAGAAAGGUAUAGUAUGCGUGACAGGAGGUACAGGAUACAUAGGAUCAUGGCUGAUCAUGAGGCUUCUUGAGCGUGGUUACACUGUCCGAACUACCAUGAGAUCCAACCCAGGGCACACGAAAGACAUUGGCUUCCUCACUAGUCUACCAGGAGCAUCGGAAAAGCUCCAGAUCUUCAAUGCAGAUCUCAACAUUCCAGAGAGUUUCGAUGCAGCCAUUGAAGGAUGCAUCGGCGUCUUCCACGUUGCUACUCCGGUUGAUUUAGAAGACAAAGAGCCUGAAGAGAUUGUGACCAAAAGAUCGAUUGAUGGAGCAUUAGGCAUCUUAAAUGCAUGCCUGAAUUCUCAAACUGUGAAACGAGUCGUAUAUACUUCAAGUGCAGCAGCUGUUUUGUUCAAUGACCAAGACGUUGAUUAUGAAGCAGAUGAGAGCGUCUGGAGUGACGCAGAUUUUAUCAAAGUGCUAAAGACAUACGGAAGUUCGUAUUCAGUUUCUAAGACGUUAACUGAAAGGACAGUUCUUGAAUUUGGAGAAAAACAUGGGUUGGAGUUGGAUGUCGUAACAAUAAUCCCUUCCCUUGUUAUUGGACCCUUCAUUUGCCCCAAGUUGCCCAACUCCGUUAGCGUAGCAUUGGCUAUGAUCCUUGGCAACGAGGAUGCAUAUGGUUUUCUUGCCCUUUCUGCAUCUUCAAUGGUGCAUAUAGAUGAUUUGGCCAGAGCACAUAUUUUUCUCCUUGAAUAUCCUAAUGCAAAAGGAAGAUACAUUUGUUCAUCAGAUGGCAUGACAAUUCAACAGAUGUAUGAAUUUCUUACUGCCAGUUAUCCAGAAUUUCAAAUACCAACACCAGAUUCAAUGAAGAAAUAUGAAGGUUUUAAAACACGAGGGCUUUCAUCAAAGAAGCUUUUAGAUUCUGGAUUCAGAUAUAAAUAUGGUUUCAAGGAAAUGUUCGACGGAGCAGUUCAAUGCUGUCGAGAAAAGGGUUAUCUUCAGUUCAACGGUUAAUGAAUUAUAUAUUCUACCACUAGUUUGUCAAAUAAAUAUAAGGAGCACGGUAUCCUGGAGGUGAUAUAUAUGCCCCUUAGCCCCCCUCUAAAUUUGCGUGUCUUUGCAUUUGAAUGUUGGCUCAAUGGCUUUAUCGUCUAUUGAGUUGGUUAGUCAAUGGUAAGUCAUUAGUACUCGAGUAAACAGUAAUUUAUUUUGCCUGCCUGCCUGUGGCCUUGUGAAAUCGGCAGUGUAUGUAUCAUUGUUCAGAGUCAAAGAUAAAUGCUUGAUUUAUAAAUUAGUGAAAGAUUACGUGGUUUGCUAA